AAAGCUUUUGGGACCGUUUCAGAAUUAAGAAAAAUGACCUCUAAAUUUGAACAUAUUUCUUUGUAUCAAAUAGUGCCUAAAUCAACAAGACAUUCUAGAAAAUUGUUUCUUUUCAGAGGGUUUGAAAACCCCCAUAGUGACUCACUCGUCUAACCACAAGACUAUUUAACCUUUCACUAGUUUCAGCACCACACCUACAUACCACUUGUCUGACUCACUGUCCACACCGCAUCACGCCACAUUGCACCACACCACACUACACCACUCCACUCCACUCCACUCCACUCCACUCCACUCCACACCACACCAGUCACCACACCAUUGAUUCUGACGCCGACGACACAACGUGCUGGUCAAUAUGGACUUUGUCAAGAAACUAUUCAGGAAGAAAAUGGACAAGGACAGGGUCAGGAAGAAUGUGGAAGAGCUCUUAAGUGAUGAGGAGGCCUGCCAGGCUGCUGCUGCUGCAGCCUUCCAACAACACGACAAGAAAGGCAAGGGCAGCGGCUUCCUGGACGACAGGGAGGCUGACAGGGCCAUCAACACCCUGGUAGGAGCCAAGGAGAACGAGAAGGGCAUCCCCAAACAUGUCAUCAAGGACAUCCUCAAGCAGGUAGAGAGGGAGGAUAGUGGCAUUUCUGAAGAACAGUUCAUCGGAGCAUCAUGGAACAUUCUUAACAAGUACCACCAGAAGGAGCUGGCUAAAGCAGAAGGCAAGGCUGACUCCAGCUCAUCAUCAUCAUCAUCAUCAUCAUCCUCUGAUGAAGAGUAAACAUACACAGCAACGGCACGUCUAGAAAUUUGCAAUCAACUGAUCAUUCUUAGUAUAAGAAUUCUAUUGUCUUCCUAGGUUUAGAUGAGAGAAAGCCUGUUCCCAGUCUAUGUUUGUAUAUUGGUUAUCAACACUGGUCAUUGUGAUGAUUAGACUAAGUACAUGUAAUAACUAUGUUCUGUGCAUGUGAAUCAUGAGUAAAAUAACUAAACAAUAAGGUCAUGAUCUUUAUCAUACAACAGCACAAGAGUGAAAAUCACUCAGUACAAAUUGAUUUCAACAAGCAUUUAAUCAUUUUACAUUGCCCAAUGGUACCGAAGAUGGUAUUUUUAUAUCUAUCCCCAGAAAAGACUGAAGAACAUUAUUGUAGACCUGAAGCCUUCCAUAAUUUUGCAAUUAUUUCUAAGACCAGAUACAGUGAGCAUGCUGGCAGCAUCUAGAGAUGACGAGGAAAUGAAUAACUACUAGGAUGGGAGGAGCAAUAUGCAAGUGCUUAUUAAUUGUGCAGUAAAAAUUUGAUACUUGGAAAGAAAUUUUCCUGGUCACUUAUAAUUCAUAGCUGCAUGCCUUUUCUUUGCCAGGUGGACAGAUAAGGGUGUCCAGGGAUAUGGCAGUGUGAUAAAGUUUGUUUCACUGGAGGUGUUCAGAGAUUAAAAAAGGUUGUAUAUCAACAUGAUGAUGAUUGAAUCUUGACUUAAUAAUAACGGGCCAUAAUCUAUUAUUAUCAUAUAGCCAGAAGAUGUUGACCAAUCACAAGUCCCCAUCUAAUGUUGGUUAUGACACCUCAGCACUGAUGAAUAAAGAUUUGAGGUUAAAUCACCCCAACAGGGCUUAUUGACAUGACCUUGGGUACCAGAUCAGUUUCAUAACCAGAACUGAUCAUAACUAACAAGUGUUUGUACUAUUAUUAUAAUUAUUAAUUUAUCAUUAUCAUUUUGACCCCUUGACUGUCCUCCCAACUCGGCCCCCACAAAAAGCGGUCGUCAUGGCUGAAUGGGGUGAUACAUGUAUAUAUUGUACAUAUAAUAUACAUGUAUCAAUGAGUAUAGAUAAGGGCACAAACAAACAAACUAACCAGAACUUGUGUGUUCAAAAACAAAGAUUGUGGUGGCACUAAAAUAAUAUCAUUAUAUUGUUUUUAAAUAUGUGAUGGGCCAGCCCCAGUUUGAAAAGUUCAAGUGAUGGACCUG